AUGCAUUCCGAAAUCAUUCCGAAUCGCUCAGACACUACUGCAGCAACGGCUAAAACGGAGCCGACCGAUGAUGGAUGGUCGGGAUUGACGGAUCCUGUGGAGAGGCGGAGGAGGCAAAAUCGAUUGAAUCAGAGAGCCCAUCGUCAGCGCAAACGCGCUCAAGGACAUCCAUACACCCGACCGAAUACUACGAUAAUAAAAACAUCACCCCAGACAACCUCUUCACCGGACACAGCGAAGUUCACGGACACCGCAGAAUCCACAGAAAAUGCAGUAUCCCCAGUAUCCUCAGCAAGCAGUACAUCAAGAAGAAAUUGCUUAGGCUUGCAAAUGCUCAGUUACCUACACAAAUUCAGCGAAUCCGCAUAUCAAAGCUACAUCCUAGGCUGUCCAACAUCCGACCACCUCCUAACACUCAGCAAAGUGAACGUCUUCCGCGCAUUCGGGGCAAUAAUGGCAUCUAUGGGCAUGACUCCGGACCCCGAAUGGAUGCACGACGAUGCAAUAUCGCCAUUCAGCACGGUGCGCCCGGGGAUUGCAGAAGAUACUAAUCUCCCGCUAGCGCUCCGCCCAACGAAGCUCCAAAAGUCACUAGCACAUCACCCCUGGCUUGAUUUCUUCCCGCUCCCCAAAAUGCGUGACAAUCUCCUCCGCGCGGGGGAGUUCGAUGAUGAGGAGCUAUGUGUGGAUAUCAUGGGUUUUUGGGAUAUGUCGACGGAUAGCUGUAGCAUGCUGGUCUGGGGCGAACCUACAGAUCCGAGUAGUUGGGAGGUGACGGAGGCGUUUUUGAAGAAAUGGCCGUGGGUUGUCCGGGGUUGUCCGGAGUUAUUGCAGUCGACGAAUUAUUGGCGGCGGAAGAGGGGGGAUGCUGUUAUUUUUCGGUAUAUCUAG